AAGGACAUUUGAUGAGAAUGAAAAUUAUGAUAUGAUGAGUCAUUGAGAUUGAAUUUUCACAAGUGGUUAGAGAGAGAAAAGAGAGAGAAAGUGAAUGGUGUUAAGGUGAAGUUGAGAUGCUUUCGGCUAACAUUGCUCAAACUGGCCUCGUCUAUGCUGUAUUGGGCAGCUGAACAAAACAAAGAUCUUUAUUACAUCUUUUACUACAUUUUUGCAACACCUACCUCUUUUUUUUCUCUUCACUGGUCCUAGGUUUGAUUUUUUCUUCUCUUAAUUCCCAUCAUCACACUCAACCUCUUUCACUUGACAACUACUCUUUCAAACCAACCAAUUUUUUUUGUAUUUAUUUUCCUCAAAAUAACAAACUAAACCAACAAAGUUUUAGCAUGAAACUUGACAAAAUAAAAUAUUUUUAGUUUCAAUUCUGCCAAAGAAUGUGGGAUCUUAACGGUUCACCGUUUAAGCGAAAAGACGAAGAGUCACAAGGAUGUUAUUUGCAAAAUACAUCAUUAGAUGGAGAUGACAGAAAAAGGGUUGGUGUUGGUGGAUCUGUUUCGAAUUCUAGCUCUUCCGCUAUCGUAAUCGAAGAAGAUUCAGAAGAAGAUAACAACAACAACAAAAGCAUCAUGGUAAAGAAGAAAAACAGCAAGAUAUUUGGUUUUUCUGUUACACAAGAAAAAGAACAAGAGCAAGAGCAAGAAGAAGAAGAAUCUUUAGAAAGUGGAAAUUUUCCUGUGACGAGAAACUUCUUUCCUAUGGAUCAAGAAGGUGAAAACAUGGUUGUAGCAUCUAGUGGUGGAAAUGGAACAUCUUCUUGUGCUUCUAGUUUUCCUCGUGCUCAUUGGGUAGGUGUGAAAUUUUGUCAAUCGGAAACACUUGGAAGUGGAAAAUCAAUGGAAGUUUCAUCUUCUGCACAACCUAUGAAAAAGAGUCGUAGAGGACCAAGGUCAAGGAGUUCACAGUAUAGAGGAGUUACUUUUUACAGAAGAACAGGUCGAUGGGAAUCUCAUAUAUGGGAUUGUGGAAAACAAGUGUAUCUGGGUGGAUUUGACACAGCACAUGCAGCUGCUCGUGCAUAUGAUAGAGCAGCUAUCAAGUUUAGAGGAGUUGAGGCAGACAUAAACUUCAACAUAGAAGAUUAUGAAGAAGACUUGAAGCAGAUGAGUAAUUUGACAAAGGAAGAAUUUGUACAUGUUCUUCGUCGACAAAGCACUGGUUUUCCAAGAGGGAGUUCUAAGUAUAGAGGUGUUACAUUGCACAAAUGUGGAAGAUGGGAGGCUAGAAUGGGUCAAUUUUUAGGAAAAAAGUAUGUUUAUCUGGGCUUGUUUGACACAGAAGUUGAAGCUGCAAGGGCGUAUGACAAAGCAGCGAUAAAAUGCAAUGGAAAAGAGGCUGUAACUAAUUUUGAACCAAGCAUAUAUGAUAGUGAGCUUAAUCCUGGAGAACCAGCAAGUAGUGGUGGUGAUCACAAUUUGGAUUUAAGUUUGGGAAAUUCAAGUUCAAAGCACAUGAACAAUACUCAAGCAUUUGGGAAUCACACAAAUCAUGAUCAAUCUAACUGGCAGAAUGGGGGAAACAUAAACAAGCCUAAGCUUGUGAAUAUAUUACCAAAACCAUAUAAUAGACCAAGCAACAUGGAAGCAUAUGGAAGAGAUUUGCAUGGAGAGAAUGAAGCACUGAGAAUGCUAAGUCAAACUCAUCUUCAUUCUUCAUCGUCGAACGAUAUUCAUCGAUAUGGUCCCUUUCGAGAUCAAUCACAAAUGCUUCACAGUUUUGCACACACUCAUCACCAACCAAAUUUUCAUUUUCCCAGCAGCAGCUACGGAGGCCGAGUCGGAAGUGAUCUUACAUUAUCAACAAGCAAUCAGCAACCGCAACCGCAAUGGCAAUCAGGAUCACAUUAUUUAUCAUCUGCUGCUGCAGCAUCAUCAGGAUUCCCACCUCAAAUCAGAGCACCCUCUUCUCAAACUUGGCUGCACAAAAAUGGCUACCACACUCUCAUGAGACCCUCUUGAUUCUCCCUUCACCCUAGUAUACUCAAUUUACAUUCAAAUAAUCAUAUUUUCGACAAAAACACGAUAUGUAUCAGUGUCUGACAUGAUACCGACAUACGUAAUUACAUUCAAAUUUGAUAUUCAAAUUAUUACAAAUGUCGAUGUGUCUGUGUCCGUGUCCCUGUAGUAUUAUUAUGUUAACUAUCUUAGUGAAAAAAAAAAUCCUAAUUGGGAAGUCUUAGUUUGGAAGAGCCAAACUAAGAAAACAGACGAAAUCUAUAACUAGAUAUUCUGGUUUCUGACUAUAAUUUUCUGUGUUGUUAUAUAACUCAUAUUUCUAGCUUUUCUGUGUUAUUGGUA